AUGGCCAAGAUCUUCAACCUUGUUUCCAGCGCGCUUUUCGCGCUGCUGUUCCUCCAGCUUGCAGCUGCACAGGGCGCCGCCCCCCCACAGGACGCCCCCUCUGCUCCCGUCACUUGCGUCGAGGCUCCCCAGGACAAGUGGCUCGUGACCCAGAAGUGGAAAAAGUUCUCCUUUCAGUCACUCGGAGUGUGGUACGCCAACGUUCCGGCCUUGGGGUCUCAACCGCAGCGUCGUUCGUCCCUGAUUGAGCGCCGCAAGAAGAAGAACAAGGACAAGGAGGAGGAAAACACUCCCGAAGAACAACCGCAGGAUCAGGGUCAAGGUCAAGCUCAAGGAACUGGGGCCGACUGCACUUUCACCCAGUUGAUACCCGGCGGAGAUGGCACGCUUCAGUUCACGAACACCGCCAGCUACCGUCAAGUCGUCUGCGUCACCACGGUCUUGGCCAGUGACAAAAUUAAGUGCUAUUGGCUCAAUGCCGGCGAUAGCUGCACGACAGCCACGUCCACUCAAUGGUUGUUGUUCAGUGCUGGCCCGAGGCUUUAA